AUGCCGAAGGUAAAGACAAACCGGGUCAAAUACCCAGAAGGUUGGGAACUGAUUGAGCCUACCCUUCGUGAACUACAAGCUAAGAUGAGAGAAGCUGAGAAUGAUACUCAUGAUGGUAAGAGGAAAUGUGAGACCUUGUGGCCUAUUUUCAAAAUCGCACAUCAAAAGAGCCGCUACAUUUUUGACCUUUACCACCGAAGAAAUGAAAUAUCCAAGGAAUUAUAUGAGUUCUGCCUGGACCAAGGCUAUGCUGACCGCAAUCUAAUUGCAAAAUGGAAAAAGCCUGGUUACGAACGUCUCUGCUGUUUGAGAUGCAUGCAGCCUCGGGAUCAUAACUAUGCCACUACAUGCGUUUGCCGAGUGCCCAAGCAUCUGCGGGAGGAGAAGGUUAUAGAGUGUGUGCAUUGUGGUUGUAGGGGCUGUGCUAGUGGAGACUGA